AAAAAAACCAACAUCCCGGUCCCGGUGCUAGCCCCUUUCCCCAGGCUCUCUCCGCUCGAUUUCGCCACCGUUAUGUGGGAAGCGAAUCCGGAGAUGUUUCACAAAGUAGAAGAAUUCUUACCCAAGGCAACAAACAGUGAGAUGGAUGAGAUGGAUACAUCAGAUACCCAGUGGGGCUGGUUUUACUUGGCGGAAUGUGGGAAGUGGCACAUGUUCCAGAAAUGAAGCAAAUGAAUCUCACCACUGGAAAACAGCGCUUAGUAAAAAGAGCCCCCUUUUCUAUCAGUGCUUUCAGUUAUAUCUGUGAAAACGAGGCUAUUCCCAUGCCACCACACUGGGAAAAUGUGAAUACUGAAGUACCGUAUCAGCUUAUUCCUUUGCACAGUCAAACACAUGAAUAUAAUGAAGUUGCUGAUCUCUUUGGGAAAACAAUGGAUCGCAGCCGAAUUAAAAGAAUUCAGAGAAUUCAAAACCUAGACUUGUGGGAGUUCUUUUGCAGGAAAAAGGCUCAGCUCAAGAAAAAAAGGGGUGUGCCUCAGAUUAAUGAACAAAUGCUGUUUCAUGGUACCAGCAGUGAAUUUGUGGAAGCAAUUUGCAUUCAUAACUUUGAUUGGAGGAUAAAUGGUAUACAUGGUGCUCUUUUUGGAAAAGGAACCUAUUUUGCUAGAGAUGCUGCUUACUCAAGUCGCUUCUGCAAAGAUGACAUAAAGCAUGGAAACACAUUCCAAAUUCAUGGUGUCAGCCUGCAACAGCGACAUCUAUUUAGAACAUAUAAGUCUAUGUUUCUGGCUCGAGUGCUAAUUGGAGAUUAUAUAAAUGGAGACUCCAAAUACAUGCGACCUCCUUCCAAAGACGGGAGCUAUGUGAAUUUAUAUGACAGCUGUGUGGAUGAUACCUGGAAUCCAAAGAUCUUUGUGGUUUUUGAUGCCAAUCAAAUUUAUCCUGAGUACUUAAUUGACUUUCAUUGAUUCCACUGCCAAAUCUCAGUGGUCAAGGGAGUUUUAUUCUUUCUUACAGGAAGAUUUGCUCUCCUGUCAUCUAGCCACUAACUCUUAAUUAUCUGAUAACUUUUGAAACAGAUAUGAAAAGCAGGUGGCCUCCAUAUAAAAAGACAUACUGAAAUUGAUACUGUUUUUUUUUUUGUUAGUGUUUUGUUUUUGUCUGUUACUCACAGUCCUGUUUUUUAAAAAGUAAUACCAUUUUAGCACACAAGGAUGAAAGAUAACAGUCAAAGUUGAAUUGGCUGUGUCUCAAAUAAUGUGGGCAUUCAGAGCCUUUGUUACAUGUGUGUAUGUUAACAGGAUAAAUGUUUUCAGUUUAAAUAGACCUAUUCAUAUGUAUGUUCAAGAAAUAAAAAUAUAGGCAUAAAUGUGUCUGGUUAGAGGAAUUCACUCUUUGUAAGUUGAAUUCCAGCAUUAUUAUCCACCAACCAGCAUGUUGCUUUGUUAGUUUUCUG